AUGAAGCAAACAGAUCUGCAGUAUGAAGCCAAAACCAGCUUUUUCAGAACCUUUUGGGCUAAACCCAACAAAUCCGCCUCGGCAGAUCUCAUCCACCUCUUUAGCCACUGCAUCCAGACGGCUUCAUCCAGAACAAAGGAGUAUUUGCUCUUCAGGGACCCGGAGAACAAAUUCCGCCCAAGUCCUUCAACUCUAAGCGAGAUCUUCCUGAUGACCUACAUCCAGCACAGCAGCCUGCUGAACCUCACUGACACGUUCAACUGCACAGCCAUGACCCCAGAACAGAAGAUCCUGCUGGGUGCCUGCUGGGUCUGGGCCUUGUUGGAUCAGCCGAGCAAAAACCCCCGAAUCCAGAUCGCGGCCCAGGUGUUUCAUCUGCCGGAACGAACAGAGGAGAAUGACGAGGAGCUGUCUUUAGGUAUCUACAGCGAUAUCAUGCGUAUGGCCGGGAUGGACGUGGUGGAAAGAACCCAAGCCGAGAGGAUGGUGGAGUUCUGCUCUUCCGUGGGCAGAGACUGUUACGCACUUUUUCUCUUUUUCGGGCGCCAGAAUGACGAGGGGAACAUUUACGGGCUGCUGAGCAACAAUCUGCAAGCGGCUGUGGGGAAGUGUGUGAGGAUUGACCAGGUCUUUAUCGAUCACUUCUUCAAAGGGGCCAAAUGCUUCGUCACUCCGAGUGAGAUGUUGCAAGCGGUGCUUGGUAAGGAGGGUGAAGGUCCCCUGACCAUGCUUGUUAAGUUCACUUAAUAUCUGAGCUGUUUUUACUAGAUUUACCUCUUUUGUGGGUUUAUUGGAACGAGCAGCUCUUGGAAACAGAUGCUUUGAAUGCAGCCGUGGGUCUGCAUGUUGGUUUUCCCAAGCCUAGUCUGUCUCCAGCAAUACUGAACGCUUCCUAGGUGCAAUUAAAAUGCUAAAUAAUGCGCAAAAAUAAAUGGUUUUGCUGACUA